AUGGGCGGAGGGCUCAAGAGCAAGGCCCCCCAAGCGUGCGAGACAUGCCGCUCGCUUAAGGUCCGCUGUCUCCCCAGUUCCCAGCCAGACACAUGUCUCAAGUGCGUGAAUUCUAAAAAGACAUGUGUAUAUCUUGAGCGUCAACCGCGGCAACGACAACCAUCUAACCCAAAGCGUGGCUCAAAAGCCCGAAUCUGUGCGUUGGAAUCAAAGAUUGAUAGUCUGAUUGCUUUCACUAGUCAAUCCCAACUGGUGCCGGGGCAAUAUGAUGCAAGUUUUGAUACAGGGCUCCUGAGCCAUGGGUUGUCCACACCUGGUUCAUCUUCGAGCCACAGGGAACGGGAUCUUACAUCCAACAGCGAUGCCAGCAGCUCAAAUCCGAGCUUUCCCGAUGAUCCCGCUACUAAAUGGGCCGAUUAUCCUCAAGUCAAUGGCAAAUCAUGUCCUGAAUUGCUGCUUGAAUGUGGAUUGUCUAUUGGUGCUGCUGAUGAAUAUCUCAAAUGUUUUCGCACCAUGACGUCCUAUUUUCCAUUUUUCAUUCUUCCUAGCCAUGCCACUUCUUUGAGAAUGUGUAAAGAGCAGCCGUUUUCUUUACUCGCAGCUUUAGCGGCAGCGACAUCAACAGACAAGGAGUUGCAAAAGUCUCUUGCUCACAAAUUUAAAGCAUGCGCUGUCCACGCUAUAAUGGUUGAGAAUGAAAGAAGCAUCGACCUUCUCAAUGGCAUACUGGUAUAUUUGGCCUGGUAUCAAUUUUAUUAUAUUCCUAAGAAAGAGCAAUUCAAUCAAUUACUUCACACUGCGAUUGGCAUGGUUGGCGACAUGGGGUUGAAUCUCAGACCAGCCGAGGCAGUUCGGAAAAGAUUUGGGCUUCGAUUAACACAUUACCACAAAUCCCAUGUACAUUUUGGAACACACGAUGAUUUCUUUAGUCCAGAAGCCCGCCGAGCAUAUCUAGGUUGCUUCUAUCUUUCAAGCGUUACCGGCUGGGCCACUAUGAAACCCAACAAUCUUCAGUUCGACAAUUAUAUGAUGGAAUGUGCGAGCUCCUUGGGUCAAGAAUUGGAACACCCAACGGACGCUCUGUUGUUACCAUUGGUUCGGCUCCAAAACAUGGCCGAUUUGUAUCACUGUGAUUUCUCGGCUAUUGAGAACAACUCUCAUGAGUAUUUGAACGGUUUAGACCUGGAGAUGAAAGUUCAAGCCUUCAAAGCCGAGAUAACGCAGUGGAAGCACUCACUUCCACCUAUAUACCAGCAACUUAACGGCACAAAUCUUGCCUAUGAAGUUGCUAUGAUACAUGCGUAUGAGAUGGAUCUUGUCCUCAUCUCCGCUGUCAAAAAUCGACGCAAUCCGGACUGUUCGUACGACUCAUCAACCCCAUCAUCAAUGUCUCAAGUUCGCCUCGAGGUGCUCUUCCUUUGUUUGAAAUCUGCCGCACAGCAUGCUCAAAGUCUUCUCUCUAUGUCAGCCUCUCAGUACGACAGUCUUUCCUAUAUCCAGUGGACUGGCCUCAUAUAUGCCAUAACAGUGAUUUACAGACUAACUGUCGGGAUUCCCCAAGUUCGCGAUUGGGAUGUUCGAGUUGCACGGCAGACUGUUGACUUCGACGGCAUUCUGGAUGCGUUUUGUAAUCGUUUCAAUGGUAUGUCACUUUGUGGAAAUGCCAAAUUGAGUAAUGAAGAGCUAUUCUCGAUAAUGGGUCCCAUUUUUGAAAAUAUUAGGCAGAACUACAACAGACUCAAAAAAUUGCCGCAAGAUCAAAGUGCAGAAGAUAUCCACCCGGUUCAUGGUACCAGCUUCCUAUCAUCCACGUCUCAAAACCAUCUAUGCCCGAGAUUCCGGACCUCGGGAAUCUUGGGCGUAGGUACACCAUGA